AUGUCAUUCAAUUUUCAGUGGCCCGCCUUCUCGCCAGAGUUUCACGCCGAUGCGGCAAAGAUGCUCGACUCGGCCCUCAAUCGAGGGCCAAAGCCGAAGGUGAUCGCCGACGACAUCAAAGUCGAAGACAUCAAUAUGGGCAAAAUUCCACCCGACUUGGAGAUUCUCGAGAUUGGCGAACUAAGCACCGAUCGCUUCCGCGGCAUCUUUCGAUUGACGUACGCUGGAGACGCCCACCUGCUUCUUUCGACGAAGGUGCAGGCCAAUCCCCUCACUCGGCCCUCAACAUCGAAUCUUGAGGAUGUUUCUUCUAUCUUUCCUUCCUCGGGCCCCUCUCGAGGCAUCCUCUUCGCUGCCGCUCCGCUCGUAGUACCGAUGAAGCUGCGAUUGUCGGCCGUCCGGCUUCGGGCUAUUGUCGUCCUCGUCGUGAGCAAGCAAAAGGGCAUUACCCUAGUCUUCAAAAACGACCCUCUCGAGUCUGUCGACGUCAGCAGCACUUUUGACAGUGUCGCCGUGAUUCAAAAGUAUCUACAACAGGAAAUCGAGGGCCAGUUGCGGGAGAUGUUCAGGGAAGACCUGCCGGGCAUCAUUCAUCGUUUGAGCCAAAAGUGGCUGAGUGGCGAUGCCCAAAGGCGAGCAAAGGCCACAAAGGGAGCUGGCCAGGCUUCCGUUGCAUCAGCAUCGCCUGCGAUACAGCGGUUACAGCGGACUGGCAAAAUUGGCGACAAGGGCGACUGGCGGACUGCGAGAUCUCACCUUGAAUGA